AUGGAAAAUAUGUUCAACAUAUCAUCAAAUAUUCACAUUAUUGAUUUGAAUAUCAAAAUUAAAACUAAAUUUCAAUGUAUAAAAACAAAAAAACUACUUAAUAACAUAAGUACUCAUAUAUGUCUACAUGAAACAAAAAAAGAUAAAUAUGUUAGUGGUGCAUUUAAUGAUUCAAUUUCUAUUUGGGAAGAAGAACAAGUAACACGAAUACUUCGACUUCUUAUUCAUCAUCCACAUCUUGAUUUUAUUGAUCUUGGUGCAAAUAUUGGAACUUAUACCAUGUAUGUAGCUGCUCUAGGUCGUUUUGUUUUGGCUAUUGAUUGUUUUGCUCCUAAUAUUGUUCGUCUUGGUCGAGCUAUCCAAUUAACUAAUGUUCCUAAUCAUGUUAUUCUUAUUCAAAAUGCUCUUUUUACUCAGUCUGGUCAAUUUUUACGAUUAUCCAUUGAUACAAGAAAUAUUGGAGGACAGGGAAUAUAUUUAUUCAACAAUUAUUCACAUAAAUAUCGUAUAAGAAAAAAUUCGUCUAUAAAUAAUCCAUAUAUAGUUAAAACUAUAAUGUUUGAUGAAGUUCUUCCGAUAUUAAUUAGACGUGGUGUUCGUAAUGCAAUAAUGAAAAUCGAUAUUGAAGGAAGUGAAAGUUUUGUUGUUGAAAGUGGUAGUCAUGUAUUUGAUACAUUGUAUAUUCCAUUUAUUCAAAUGGAAUGGCUCAAAGUUCGUCAUUAUGUUGAUCGUAUUAUUAAAGUAAUCGUAGACUUUUUUGGUAAACGAAAUUAUGAUCCAAUGACAAGUUCGUGCCAAGUGUUAAAUCCUAGUGAAUUUAGAAUAUGGCCAGAUGAAAUAUAUUGGUUGAAAAAAAAUUUUUCGAACUUUUGUUAG